UCCUGAGAAUAUGAUUUCUUCCUUUAAUUUAAGCAGUAUAUUUUCAGUCUUUAAACUUCUGCAGAAAAGUUAGGAAGCACUUGAGCAGAUCGGGGCUUUCACUCCUAUCUCUUUCCCAAGGCUGUCAUCUGACACAGUAGGACAUUUAGCCCAGGUGUUCUGCAGCUGUUUUGAAAUUCCGUCCACUGGUAACCUGGUAACCUGUGCCAGAAUAACCGUGGUUGCAGUCUGAUACCAUAGUCAUACAUUUGGUUGUCGUUCAAGGAAUUCAGGCCACAAUGCCUACAGGGUGCCUAUAUGGGCGAUAACUACACUGGAGGCCUCACAACACAUGAAAUUAAAGCAGUUCCAGUAUCCGAGGUAACCAACCAAACUGGAACAGAACUCAGAGGUUCUGUACAUCCUGACAUCAUGGGAGAAAUCCGUUUGGAAUCUUAUGAAUUGGUUCCCUGUAUCUUGGCUGGGGUUUGUCCAAAACGAUUUGCUGCUUGAAGUGAAGGGGAAGACCCUCUCCUAUGUUCAGAAGCUGAGUAGUCUGGUAAUUGACUCUUCGACAAGGUGACAUCUUCUGCUACACCUGAUGUUGGGUUUAGGCAGUCCAGAGUGGGAUAUGUGGCUCACAAACCUUUGUCCUCCACAACUCACUGCUGAUACUCAAAAUCUGUCAUCUGAGGCAGUCACCUCAUUCCACCUAAUGGCAGGGCCAGCUCUGGUCUUAUGGGUUAUGGGUUAUGACAGCUAGGUGAGAUGUUAGCUGGGUUAUGACAGCUAGGUGAGAUGUUUAACAGAGUCCUGUUCAUGGAGAAGCGGCUCACUUGAUGGGAUGGAGCCACAUUGCUAGUUUCCCACAGUGGUAUGGCUUCUGCUUACCAUAGCUGUCAACAUUUCCCUUUUUUAAAGGGAAAUUCCCUUAUUCCGAAUAAGAUUCCUCGAAGGAAAAGGGAAAAGUUGACAGCUAUGCUGCUUACUGGGAGAAAGAUGAGAAGGUGGGGAAGCGCUGGGACUGGGUACUGGCACUCUCUGAUGCUCUCAAUUAUGCUACCACAUAGCCACAAUCUCUUCGGAUUGGGCUAUGAGCAACAAAGGAACAGUACUUUCAUAGCAAAGGGAUGCCAAAGAAGAAAUGCAGAGUUGCAGCUCUGAAUGGGUUUCUGGUGGGCGACAGAGUAGUUAUUGCCAUUAAAGUAGGCAGUCAACUUAUUAGAUGGCUGUCACACACGGAUGCAGUGGGCAUGGAUGGGAAGCCUGUGGCUCUUCAGAAGUUCAUUCAUUCAUUGAUUUUAUUUUUAUGAGACUUUUCCAUACACUCAUGUUCAAAGCGACUUGCAACAAAGAAACUGGGGUGUGUUUCAAACAAACAAGAACAAUUUCUUAAUAUCAGCAAAAUAAUAACAGAGUAACUAUUUCAUAAUAACAUAGCAAAAACAAAAAUAUAAUAACGUACUAAAGAAACCUCCACAUUUUGAUACUAUAAAUAUACGGUAACAAGAUUGCCUCAAUAGCAUGCAGCACCCUAUAACAAAGAUAACAAGGGAGCUUCACAGUUUCACCUUAGUCCUAGAAACACCCAUCCCAAGAUGUGACUCAUAGUCUCUUUCUUGCAGCAGCUUCUUAUAAGACUUCCGAGGGCAAAAGGUGGAGCAGGUGGAAACACCCUUCCCAUGAACUUGUUGGACUCCAACUCCCAUCAUCCCAAAACAUGGGCUAUACUGGCUAGGGCUGAUGAGAGGUGGAAUCCAGCAACAUCUAGAUGGCCACAGGCUCCCCUUUGGCUUUAGAGCACUUUAGGCUAGGAAAGCAAGGCUUUUGUGUAAGGUUGACAAAAGCCACAAUAUUCACUGAAUAAUGUGAAUGCAGGAAUAACAUGAAUGAAGGGUCCAUACUCACCUGGGCAGGGAUCAGCACAGGGCUCAAUAGGAAUUCAGAGGAGCCCCCAGUGCACUGACAAGAGACCACACCAUGCUAUAGUUUCCUUUAAUAACAAUGCCAUGCACACCUCCUGUAUUCCCGCCCGGCCCAAGUGCCCGUUCCAUGUCAAUCUGGCUCCCAACCCAGUCAGAUUAAAGAUAACUGGGGCCUCAGUUAUCAAUAAGCAGUCAAUUUUCACCCAUGCACUUACCUGUUGCCCAAGAAAGACUUCAAUUGAAGAGCAACUGGUUCAGAGAAGUAUUUUCCUCCCUCCUGCCUCUCCUGCCCCUGUUCAGCACAUUGUAAAAAUGAAGAGGAAAUUGUUGUUGUUGUUUAGUCAUGUCUGACUCUUCGUGACCCCAUGGACCAGAGCACGCCAGGCACUCCUGUCUUCCACUGCCUCCCACAGCUUGGUCAAACACAUGUUCAUAGCUUCGAGAACACUGUCCAACAAUCUUGUCCUCUGUGGUCCCCUUCUCCUUGUGCCCUCCAUCUUUCCCAACAUCAGGGUUUUUUCCAGGGAGUCUUCUCUUCUCCUGAGGUGGCCAAAGUAUUGGAGCCUCAGUUUCAGGAUUUGUCCUUCCAGUGAACACUCAGGGCUGAUUUCCUUCAGAACGGGUAGGUUUGAUCUUCUUGCAGUCCAUGGGACUCUCAAGAGUCUCCUCCAGCGCCAUAAUUCAAAAGCAUCAAUUCUUCGGCGAUCAGCCUUCUUUAUGAUCCAGCUCUCAUUUCCAUACAUCACUACUGGGAAAACCAUAGCUUUAACUAUAUGGACCUUUGUCGGCAAGGUGAUGUCUCUGCUUUUUAAGAUGCUGUCUAGGUUUGUCAUUGCUUUUCUCCCAAGAAGCAGGCAUCUUUUAAUUUUGCGGCUGCUGUCACCAUCUGCAGUGAUCAUGGAGCCCAAGAAGGUAAAAUCUCUCACUGCCUCCAAAGAGGAAAUAGCCUUGAUAUUUCACAAACUGUUAGCAAGGUCAAAGAUACGCGCUCAUGGGGUCAUCCCCAAAACUAAUAAAUAUAUUUAAUAUCCAAGUUCUUUUUUUCCCUUUCUUUCUUUUUAAAAUGAUUCCAGGCUCUGAUUCCACCAUCUUUCACACAGUCAUUAUGGGACUUGCUUCAAAGAAAAGGCAAUGGGCAGAGCUGCAGUCUUGAAAAGAAUCAGUCACAGAAAAGGUUGUUGUGAAGCACUCAAAGUUGUCACAAAGUUCUUUAAUAUUGAAGAGAUGCUCACAAGUCAUUAGCAACCUCUCUCUCUCUCUCUCUCUCUCUCUCUCUCUCUCUUUCUCUUUCUCUCUCUCUCUCUUUCACACAUACAUAUUGUUUGAGAUCAAAUACAUUUAUUAUUAUUAUUCCACUUUGAUUUGGAAUAUCUCAAAUAUAUUUUGGCUUGCUGUUUCCACAGCAUCUGAAGCAGUGCAGCCUCAACCAUCACUUUUCAUUAGCAGUUGCCUUCAUGGUAUGUUUUAAUUUUUGCAGGUUCUAUGGAAGUUAUCAAAGGGGUGAAAUUCAUUUAGCUGUAUGAGUUUGUAGAAGAUUUGGUUUACUAAAAUGCCACAGAAGAAGGAAGGUAUUUGGUUCCUCCAUCUUUAAAUGGCUCAGAAAGGUCUUAGUACUUCAUUCUUGAGCAGUGUUUUUGUGGGGGGGGGGAGGAGCUAGGAUAUGCAAAGCAGGGCUUUCCAAAAUAACUUGCAUGAACACACAGGGGUGGGAAACCUUAUGCCCAGGGGCCAAAUAUGGCCUUCAAGGCCUCACUAUUUGACCCGCGGGACUCUCCCAAUGCCAUACACCCUCCUCAACCACAUCUGUUCUUCCUGGGCCACACCAUUCACCAUUGCUGCUUCAUACUUUCCUUGAGUUUUUUGGCCUGACUGGAAUGUGCCCUUGAACUCUGUUAAUCUAUCUUGCUUCCCUAGCUGGAGCAUAGAGAAAAAGGGGUAUGAAAACAGGUAUACAAAAUUGUUUACUGCACAAUGGUAAAUAUUACAUUUGUUACUUUUGUUUCUGGUCCUGCCCACUACUAGAAGAUUACCGAGAUGGGAAUAUAACCCCCAAUCUGGGGGGGGGCGGUCUCCCACUCCUGAUAUAGCAAAACAUGGUUCCUAACAUAUUCUGAUAUCAGAAAAUUUACAGCAUAAAAGCUCAGAACCAACUUUUUGAAUUGUGCCCAGAAACCAGUGGGGAGCCAGGAAAAUUGGUGCAAAAUGGGUCUUAUGUGCUGUGCACACAGCCUGCUCCAUUAUAGUUGUGUAUUAGAAGAAGAAGAAGAGUUUGGAUUUGAUAUCCCACUUUAUCACUACCUGAAGGAUUCUCAAAGCGGCUAACAUCCUCCUUUCCCUUCCUCCCCAACAACAAACACUCUGUGAGGUGAGUGGGGCUGAGAGACUUCAGAGAAGUGUGACUGGCCCAAGGUCACCCAGCAGCUGCAUGUGGAGCAGAGACGCGAACCCAGUUCCCCAGAUUACGAGACUACCGUUCUUAACUCUUAACUACUACACCACUAUGGCAUUACACCAUAGAAGUUUCCAUACAGUGUUCAAAGGCAGCACCAUACAGAGUGCAUUGUGGAAGUACAACCUUGACGUGACCAAGGCAUGUGCUGAUGGCAGCAGCCAGAGCUACUGAAGCCCCAUUUCUUUAAAAAAGAAAAGAAAACUGUUCUUCACAGGAGCAGAGCUCUGAUAAUCGUUCAUAAUUAUUUCACGGUUCUUCAUAAGAAGGAUAAGCUAAUUAAUGUGGCCCUGGAUUUCUUGGGGGAAAGGAUGGUGCGGUGAGAAAUGUAUCUGGCUGGUCAGAACCAUUUGUUUCUCAAGGCCCCAAGACCCACCCCCAAAAUAAAUACACACGGACACUUAUAUUAGUUUAAGUUUUGGAACAAAUUUUGGCCACAGCUUUAUUGAAAUACAAUCACAUGAGCAAUAUUGGCUUAGGCAUUGACUUCCCACUAUAACUGACUCCACCUCUCUGGGUGGCAGUCCAAUGGGGUAAACCAAACGAGGGAGCUAGGUCGAUGAGGGUACCAACCUAAGGUCACCCUGGGGGUUCCUGUGAUCCUGGCAUGGACCUAGCCCCUCAAGUGGACUUCAGACAAGAUCCAGGACUCCCAGAUUCCUUUAAUGGAAUACCCAGCUCCUGGAGGGGCAGGUGAUGGCCUUAUCUCCCCUUCCCCACAAUCCAACUGAGCCAAUGCCUAACCACCACCUUACAAGUUGAGACAAUUUGCUAAGGGGUAGGUGAAAACCAAAUGGCUAAGGUCAAUCUGCCAAAUGGAAAAAUUCCUACCCAGCCCCUGUUCCAAAACAGGCAACCGAAACAAAAGCAAGGCCAAGCGACUCUACCUAAACUAGGGAGGGUGGGCGGGUGUUCAGCCGUGUGAAGCAAGUGCCCCUGCUUGCAUCACGCUGCCAUUUUUAAAGCCCCUGGGAUCACGCCACCCACUGGCUAUUGGCUAAAAUUGCCUGGCGUGAUCCCAGGGAAGUGGCCAGGACUUCUUGCUCCUCCCCCCCAUUUUAACCCUGUCAGGUGAGUUCUUGGGUCCCGCGCACAACCAGGACCCUCUGUUAUGAGGAUUCCAUUUUGCAGAAACGCAGUUAGUGCUCUGGUGGUAUAGUUUCAAGAUGGCGUUUAAUUAGUGCUGUGUGAAAGGCUUAUGAGACACACUAGAAUAACAAAUGGAAAGAUGAUGGAAAAAGGAACCCAUAUUUGUAGAUACAGUGGUACCUCUACUUACGUAUCCUUCGGGAUACACUCGCGGCAAACCCGGAAGUAUUUUUCCAGGUUUCGUCAUGCAUGCAUGCACAGAAGCGUUCUACCGUGCCGCGCACAUGCACAGAAGCACUCUAGUGCACUGCGUGCAUGUGCAAAACAGGCACCUCUGGUUGUGAAAACCUCGGGAUCCGACUGGAACAGAUCCUGUCCGCAACCGGAGGUACCACUGUACUGGAUAUAUUACUGAUGGACAAAGCUGUUAAAAGUCACGUAGAUGUUAUUACAGAACUCCCCAGGAUACAAAUGCAAACCUACACAAUUUUUUAUUCUUCUUACAGGAUCUGAAAAGGAGUAGAUUCUAUAAUAAUUCAAGGUAAACUUCAUUCCCUCUCUCCCCCCCCCAUCCACCAAAUGACACAUAUAGAAACUUUCUAGGGUGGUGGUGUUGGUAGGUUUUUUUUGUUUUGUUUUUGUUUUUGUUUUUAAGGAAUUCAAUGAUAUUGGAGGAAAUGGAUUUUUCUUCCUGACCAUAUCACCAUCUAAUAAUGCCUAAAGAAUAAGAUAGUGGGUGGGAAAUGAACAGUGAAGGACCCUGGAUUUCAUUUACUGUCACAGAAAUGUUGCCUGGCUGAGGCCUAAAAUUAAUCUACUUUGUCCCUGACAAAUCCAGUAAAACUACAGUAGGGCAGAUGCUUUCGUAUUUGUUUUUUUUAAAAUGCAUACAUAUUCAAUACCAGAUGCAAUAAAGUAUUAGAAACAAUCAGCAUGAAGAAGGUUCAACACAUACAGAUAUCUUUGAAACUCAGUUAAUCAAGAUGUCAAAGUAACUAAAGCAGUUUUACAGAUUUUUAUUGAAAAUAAAUCACUUUAUCAUAUAUUGCAAUGUAUAUUAUUGUUUCCUCAUCCAGUCUGACUAUGCAGCCACUUGCACUUUUUUUUCUCCAAAGAGUAUCUCCUGCCCUCUUUAGUCCACUUUUUAUAACUACAUUUACUAAGGAAAUUGUCGUGCAAACAUAACUUUCAGUCUGACUUUUACUUUUGUUCAGGGACAGGGGAGAGAGAGAGAGUUAUUAGCUCUUUCUGAUGGGAACAUUGGGCAGGAAAUGCUAUAAUGGUUGCAGCAUUGUAUGUUUCUCUGUGUGCAGCUACUUGUUGGUUACCUUUACAGUGAAGCAGGAAAUCCUGAGAUGACACUGAAGCCAAAAAGAUUUGACUUCUCAGCUUUUAGAAAGAAGCUUCUGGAUACGAAGAUGUCCGGCAUCCUAAAACUGCAUAUGCAAAAGUCAAAAUUAGAAAAUUAGCAG